AUGGCUACGGUGCGGCUGGCCUUGGCCCUGUGGGCCGCGCCUGCGGGCGGGAGGCUCCGGGGCCCCCGAGGCACCGGGAGCGCCCGGAGGCUGAGCUGCGGCGCACGGCGGCAGGCGACCAGGGGUACCAGCCCGGGACGCCGGCUCAGUACGGCUUGGGGGCCGGCCCAGCUAGCCCAAGAGGAGGCCGAGGGAGCCAAGGACGACGUCCAUCCGUCUGCACCGGAGGAGCCGUUGUGGACGCCGCCCCCCGCGCCUCCGGUGCCCCUCGAUUCCCCGGGCCCCCCCGCCGGCCGCUCGCCGCUGCAGCGAGACAUCCAGACCUUCCUGAACCAGUGUGGGGCCAGUCCCGGGGAGGCGCGCCACUGGCUCACACAGUUCCAGGCCUGCCAUCACUCCGCCGACAGGCCCUUCGCCGUCAUCGAGGUGGAGGAGGAGGUGGUCAAGUGCCCGAAGGCCGUAUCCAGCCUGGCCUUCGCCCUGGCCUUCCUGCAGCGCAUGGACAUGAAGCCGUUGGUGGUCUUAGGGCUGCCUGCUCCCACGGCGCCCUCGGGCUGUCUUUCCUUCUGGGAGGCCAAGUCACAGCUCGCCCAGAGAUGCAAGGUGUUGGUGGACGCCCUGCGGCACAAUGCGGCCGCCGCAGUGCCUUUUUUUGGCGGUGGGUCUGUGCUGAGCGCUGCUGAGCCAGCCCCUCACGCCAGCUACGGCGGCAUCGUCUCCGUGGAGACCGAUCUGCUCCAGUGGUGCCUGGAGUCCGGAAGCAUCCCCAUCCUGUGUCCCAUUGGGGAGACCGCCGCGCGCCGCUCGGUACUCCUGGACUCGCUGGAGGUGACCGCGUCUCUGGCUAAGGCGCUGCGGCCCACCAAAAUCAUCUUCCUCAACACCACAGGCGGCCUGCACGACGGCAGUCACAAGGUCCUGAGUAACGUGAACCUGCCCGCCGACCUGGACCUGGUGACCAACGCUGACUGGGUGAGCACUAAAGAACGCCAGCAGAUUCGGCUCAUCGUGGACAUACUCAGUCGCCUGCCCCAUCACUCCUCCGCCGUCAUCACCGCCGCCAGCAUGUUGCUCACAGAGCUCUUCAGCAACAGGGGUUCGGGGACGCUGUUCAAGACCGGCGAGCGGACGCUGCGAGUGCGCUGCCUGGACAGCCUGGACCAGGGCCGCCUUGUGAACCUGGUCAACGCCAGCUUCGGCAAAAAGCUCCGGGACGACUAUUUGGCCUCUUUGCGCCCAAGGCUGCACUCUAUCUACUUCUCUGAGGGGUACAACGCGGCAGCCAUUCUGACCACGGAGCCGGUACUGGGGGGUACCCCGUAUCUAGACAAGUUUGUGGUGAGCUCCAGCCGCCAGGGCCAAGGCUCCGGCCAGAUGCUGUGGGCGUGCCUGCGGCGGGAUCUGAAGACGCUUUUCUGGCGCUCCCGGGUCACCAACCCCAUCAAUCCCUGGUACUUCAAACACAGCGACGGCAGCUUCUCCAACAAGCAGUGGAUCUUCUUCUGGUUUGGCCUGGCCGAUAUUCGGGACUCUUAUGAGCUGGUCAACCAUGCCAAGGGGCUACCAGACUCCUUCUGCAAGCCAGCUUCUGACCCAGGCAGCUGA